AUGAGAAAACAUUACAACUGUGAGGUGGAACUCGUUACCGGCAUGUACAUGGAGGAAGAGGGUAAUGGUCCCAGCAAGUUCCACUGGGAACGAAGGAUUGCGAAGGAUGAAUUGAUGAGUCCGUACACGGAAGAACCUACUGGCAUGUACAACACUAAUCUGACACUUGGAGCAUUCCAUUCCAUGCCCUUCUACAAGGCACACUCCUUGGCUAUGCCGGCCACCUCAACGUGGUGCCAAGGUCCAGUACUUCGUAUUGUCGGAGGAAGCCAAGAGCCAGCGACGUUUUUCUUCUGGAAGACCCGUUGGCCCUUAGGCUACGGCGUUAGACAGCACCGGGACCAGCCGUGUCGUGCUGGGGCAGAAAUAUAUCCAAGAAGGUCCUGGGGCACGUGUCGACGUGCUAUCAGCAGUAUCACCCGCACCAGGUUGCUGCUGAGUGGUGAUGUAGAGGAAAAUCCCGGCCCUUCACUGCGUGGAAUG